AUGUUAGCCACGAAACGCCUACACCCCUUGUCAUAUAUCUGCACCAGCUGCAUCCAACGCGUAGUAGCUCGAUCAGCGCGUACAGCCCAUAGCAAUGGUUCUUUUCGUUCAACACGAAGCUACACCAGCUUUACCACCGAACCGUCACGUUCAUUGAUAGGUGCAUUGAAGGCUGCAUCUAUCCUCUCAACCACCCCUCGCAAUGCUUAUAGCACCAUUUCAUGCACGCGAAAGGGCUUACGCAUAGCAAUCAUUGGUUCCGGCCCAGCUGGCUUCUACACAGCGCAUCGCCUCCUUCACAAAGUCCAAGAUGCCGUCAUCGACAUGUACGAGCAGCUACCCGUGCCUUACGGUCUUGUACGAUUUGGUGUAGCACCCGACCAUCCAGAAGUCAAGAAUUGCCAGGACACUUUCGAAGAGGUGGCACAAUCCUCGCGCUUCAAUUACAUUGGCAACGUGCGCAUAGGCCACGACAUCGAGUUGACGAAGCUCAAGCCACACUACGAUGCUAUGCUGUUCUCGUACGGCGCGGACGAAGACAGAAGGCUGGGAAUACCAGGGGAAGAUCUUGAGGGUGUGUUCUCAGCGAGAGCAUUCGUAGGGUGGUACAACGGGCUGCCGCAGUUCCAAAACUUGAAGCCAGAUCUUCAGAGUGGCGAUCAUGCUGUGGUUGUUGGGCAAGGCAACGUGGCGCUUGACGUGGCGCGCAUCCUUCUCGCGCCACUCGAUCACCUCAGAAAGACAGAUAUCACGGAGCAAGCCAUUCAGACUUUGUCAGAGAGCAGGAUUAAGCACGUCAGGGUGGUGGGUAGACGCGGGCCACUGCAGGUCGCCUUUACUGUCAAGGAAGCUCGCGAGCUGAUGAAAAUACCGUCUAUCGCUUUCCACGAUAUUGACCGAUCUUUCUACCCCCCAGAAAUCAAAAAGCUACCCAGAGUACAAAAGCGCACUGCUGAAGUCUUGCUGAAAGGUAGUAUAGCUACGUCGGGAGAGGUCGACCGGUCAUGGACACUUGAUUUCCUGCUAGCGCCCACCUCGAUGAACGCCGAACAAGGGUCGAACCACCUCUCGUCCAUGACGUUCAGAAUGCAAGAAUUCGUCCCAGACGCUGAUCCACUCGAUCCGUCUGCACGUGUCCAGCCUACACGAGACGAUGUUACCGUUCCUGCAUCACUAGCUUUUCGCUCUGUGGGCUAUAAAUCAACCGCUCUGCCUGGCCUAUCUGAGCUUGGCGUGCCAUUCGACUCGAGACUGGGAAUUAUACCAAACGAUGUUCACGGACGAGUUGUAUCGCCUGACUCCGGUCCAGGUAAUUUGACAGCUGGUCACAUUGCCGGUCUCUACUGUGCAGGGUGGGUGAAGCGUGGUCCGACUGGUGUCAUUGCCAGUACGAUGCAAGAUGCUUUUACAUCUGCGGACGUUAUUGCGCAUGACUGGGAGGACGAUGUGCCGUUCUUAAACAACGCGAGCGGAGAAGAGAAGACAACACGCCUAGGUUGGGAUGGUGUCAGAGAAGAAGUGGAACGUAGAGGUGUGCGACCACUUAGUUGGGCUGACUGGAAGAGAAUAGACGCAAUCGAAAGAGCUCGUGGCAAAGAGAAGGGUAAAGAGAGAGAGAAGUUUGUGAGUGUAUCGGCGAUGCUCCAGGCGCUCGAUGCAUAA